AUGAUGGGAAUUUUGAUCAAAUUCGGACAGCAUGAAGCCAUGCUCGAGUUGGCGUGCAAAAACGACUUUAAGCACGUCCCCAAAAGCGUCCGGUUCUACCUACUCACUUCGUUACACCGAAGACUAGAUGAAGAGGAUGCUGCACUGCUCAACGCACCAGUGCUAGGACCCGAGCUCGCGAAAACUAUUCGGCACUUGAAGCGUGCCUCUGCCCCUGGUCUGGAUGGCCUAGGACCGGCUCUGUAUCAGUUGGAGCAGAGACUUUAUUCUCCGCUUCCACCCGUCCCAGACGAGCCCUGGACUCGAUGUAUGACGAAUUAUUCGCUGCAGCUGCCGGAUGUCUUGUAUAAUAGACUGACGAACUGCGUCAUCCUGAAGUGUUGUGAGGUUAAGGCGCCAAUACGCAGGUAG